AUGACGUUGAAAUCUGGACGGGGACGUUGGCAGAGCAACCAAAGUCAACAAUGGUCAUCUGAAGAUGUAGAUAUGGAAGUAGAUGCAGGAACGAACACCAGGUGGCAGAAAACAGCUGAAGAUAUAAUUAAGGAUGAUCUAGGAAAAAGCCAUCCAAAAUGGUUAUUUACAUGUUAUGGAACAGGGAAAGGACAUCCGAAUUUAAUUUCGGGAAAAGAUAUUUCUCCGGAAGAGUUGAGAGCAUUUGCAUACGAAUGCGCAGAAAAUAUGAAUUUGAACGACUAUAAAAAUAAAGUCGAAAGAUUGACUCAAGAAAUUCAAGAGUUAAGGAGGAAUAUGGUCAAGAAUUCAAGGAAAACAUGCAAGAUAGCGAGCGAUUUGUUUAACGGAAAAUUUUCAGGAAAUAUUGAUGCUUUGUUUUCUAAUUUUUUUUCAUCUAAAUCAUUUAUCUCUGAAUUUUCUACAUUUUCAUCGAGAAUACCAUUGCAAGCACGUUUUACAGAGCAUAACACGUCUUUUAAAGAGAACAAAGAUACUAAUUUUAGUAUAUUAGGAAAAGCCAAUCCAUCAAUGCAAAAUUUAUUUAAUAAAAAUGACACACAGGGUUCAUCCUUUCAUUCUAAUAUCUCAGAUAUACCUUCUUUUGGAGUACCUAGUUUUUCAAUGAUACCUAUCAAACCUGUUUUUAACAAUAUAUUGUCCAAUCAGAAUCCAUCAAGUUUUAGUAACAAUUCAUCCUUUCAAGUAGAUUCUCAAAUGUCUAAUUCUCCAUCAAAUGCAUCGACAUAUGUUUUUUGCCAAUCCAACAUUUUCAAUCCGACACAGAUGCAAUCUGCUUUUAAUUCUCAAUCAACAUUUCAUCAGCAACCAUUUGUCUUUAAUUCAUCAAAUUCAUCCGAAAGAAAUCAUUCAAAAGCAAAUGAUAUAAUAUUUCCACCAAAAAAAACGUUUGAAUCAACAUUUACAUUUCAACAAAAACCGCAAGAGUUUUCUAAGAGUUCUCCUUCUAUACAUAAUUCUCAAUAUACAAAUCAUAUAGAAAUAGUUUUAUUAAAUCAAGGCGCGCCGGAUCCCUUAUCAGAAUCGGAUUUACCUGCAUAUGCUCUCGAAGAAUUUAAAGCACAUAUUUUCACAUUAGGAAAAAUCCCAGAAAUGGAGCCACCUCUUUCUUUACGUGGCUAA